GCAGAGUCUGCUGUAGCAGUAGUAUUGCACAGCGCGAGCAGAGGCAACUGAAUAGAGAACUUGACUACCACAAAACUAUAGGCUACUUCCACGGAGCGUUUAUCGGGGGAGAUCCACUGCAGCGGAUUUAUACAAGGUAUUUUGCUAAGAAGUCCAAGCGCAAUGCCAGAAGAGGGUUCGGAGAGGUUAACUCCUCAGGGGGUCCCAUACAAAGAUAUCCCGCAUAUGAUCAACGCGGAUGGACAGUACAUGUUCUGUAGAUACUGGACACCGGACAGUCCACCAAGGGCACUUGUCUUCAUCGCACACGGUGCAGGGGAGCACUGUGGAGGCUACACCGAUUUGGCCCAGAAGUUCAUAGAACAUUCCAUACUGGCGUUCACACAUGAUCAUGUGGGUCACGGGCAGAGCCAGGGAGACCGGAUGGUGAUCUCUGACUUCCACAUCUUCAUCAGGGACACCUUACAGCACAUCGACAUCAUGAAGAAGAGCCACCCAGGCCUGCCUGUGUUCUUAGUGGGACAUUCCAUGGGAGGAGCCAUCUCCAUCCUGACAGCAUGUGAGAGACCGAGUGAGUUUGCUGGCCUGGUGUUGAUCGCGCCGAUGAUCACCAUGAAUCCAGAAUCAGCGACCCCUUUUAAGGUGUUCCUUGCCAAGUUUCUGAAUCAUUUGCUACCAAGCCUGAGCUUGGGGAACAUAGACUCCAAAUGGAUCUCGCGAGAUGAGAAAGAGGUGGAAGCGUAUGAUAGCGAUGAGCUGAACUACCACGGAGGGAUUCGCAUCUCCUUCGGGAUGCAGUUAAUGAGAGCUGCCGCCAAGAUCGAGAAAGCCUUGCCUGACAUCUCCUGGCCUUUCCUGCUGCUCCACGGAAACGCAGACAAACUCUGCGAUAUCAGUGGCUCACAGCUGAUGUACGAAAAAACACAGAGUCAGGACAAAGCACUGAAGGUGUAUGACGGCGCUUACCACGCUCUGCACCAUGAACUACCCGACACGGCCAGCUCUGUUCUCCAAGAGCUCAGCAGCUGGAUUCUCCAGAGACUGCCAGAAGGAAACCCAGUCCAAUCCAAAGCACAAGCAGAUGUUGCUUUUUCAGCAUGAAGGAUUUCUUUGCAUUCACGUUACUGUUAUAUAUUGAAACUGGCAGCUAUUCACACCACUCAGCAAGCCCCUUGUAUAUAGUUUUUCAUAUAGAGUGGAUUUACUAAUAUACGUGGUGUCAGUCUGACUGGGACAUGGCAUGGCUUUUUGUUUGGAAAGGAUGGAAAUGGGAACUCGCAAGAUAGCAUGUUCAGACUGGAUCAAGUGUGUGUUAACUAGUUUUAAGCCUUUUCUGUUAUAAAUGUGGGAAGUUGUUUUAGCCAUGGAAACAUAGCCUUUAUGGUACUGUCUUGCUAAACACACAAGGUGAUGAGGUUAAAAAUGUUCGCAGUGAAAAUUAGACACAAGUAUACAUCUGAGUGACCUUGAGGUAUCUCAGUGGCCAGUCUAAUAUGUGAAGGUCAAUGCAAUGAUUAUGUACUACAUACAGCAGCAACUCAAUGUUCUGAGAGCAAACUUUAUACCAGUAAUUGUAUGAAGACAUUGAUGGUCUAAAUGUUUGUCAAAAGAGUAACGAGUACAUCUAAAAUAUAAUAAUAAACUAAAUUAUACUUUGUGUUUAGAGAUAAAUGCAGGAAACGACAUUGUUUUAUCCUUAGUUAUACAUGGCUGGUUUCACAGCCCCUGAUUAGCAUUAAUCUUGGACUCCCUUACAAAAGUUUCCCAUAGCAAAAGCAUAGUGAAAGCAUGGCAAAGUAUAGGUAAGCAUUGUAAUGAUUAGUGAGGUAUGGUAAAGCAUGGUAAAUGCUGAGUAUAACCCUGGGAAAAGCAUGGGAACUGCAAAAUACUGUGCAAAAAUACUGUGAAACUUUUAUAAGGGCUACCUUACCUGAGAUAACAUUAGGUAGUCCAAGAUUAGUGCUAAAAAACCAGCUCAUAUUGUAUAUUUACAUGUUCCUUAAAUAUUUCAUACACACAUUAUUUUUAUAUAAAGUUAUCAACUCAAUUGGUUUCCAACACAGUGCUUGUUUCAUAUUGUUUCUUAUUGACUGUUUUUUCAUCUGUGUAUUAUAUGCUUGUCUGUAAAUAAUUUUGCUUAUUAAGUUGUGUGUCUUUACUUAAAUACAUGUGUUUCUGUUGUCUUGGAAAAACUGUACGGCAUUUUACAAAUAUGUAUUUUAAAAAAUAUAAUAACAAUAUACUUGAUCUUAUACAAGCAAUAUUAAUGGUCUCACUUUAGUACUUAGUCCAAAAGUUACAGUACUGUUCCUCUUAAGGCAGCAUUUGAAUGAAGUCUCUUUGAAAAGCUUUGCCUCUUGCUGGGAAUUAAUAUCAGCAUGAUUUUAUAAAUGUGUACUAUACUAUUUGUUUAUUUAGCUUGCCUAUAAUAUCAUUAUAUCAGCAGAAUUACAGUUCUCUGGUUUGCAUGCAAUUCCAAAAAGGAUGUGUGGAAGUUAUUUUUUAUUAUGUGGAUCAGUAACUAGGACGUUUAGAUAAAGCAUUGAUGGCACAGUCUGCAACUGAUUUAAGAUAGGUAUCUGAGUGCUAUACAACAAAAUGAUACAUUAGUCACAACGUAAAAAUGCCUGUAUGAAAAAAUAUAUAUAUAUAUAAUUUAUAUAUUAAUAUUGACUGUCAGUCCAUGAAAUGCCUGUAUAUGUAUGUACCUGCCAAGAAUGAAAUGUAUGUAAAUAUAAAAGGAUAUUAAUGUUUGUUUAUAUGAAUAUAUGUAUUUAUUCAACACAUAGUUUUAACACAUUUUAAAGGUUGUUUGUAGAAAGUAUAUACAUGUUAAAUUUUAAAAGAUGUCCUUGCGUUAUCAUUCACUACCUAUGAAUCAAUAUAUAUAUAUAUAUAUAUUUAUAUAUAUAUAUAUAUAUAUAUAUAUAUAUAUAUAUAUAUAUAUAUAUAUAUAUGUGUGUGUGUGUGUGUGUGUGUGUGUAUGUGAGAUAAUCCACUGUUAGAGUGCCAUUAGGUACAAUCAGUGUUGCAUUAUUUGAACAGUGUUUCACCACUUUUUGAGUUGUUUUAUUUAGUUACUGUCAUUGCCGAGUGUCAUUGCUAUCCCACCUCUUAGCAAUUAAACCACGUUAGUAUAAACAAUUUAAUUGAUUUUCACAUAAGAAAGUGAGCAAUUGACAACUGCUGACGAAUCCACAGUCCAGUGUGUUUUCUUUGACCAGGGCAGUUUUCAGUUGAAGUGGAAAAUGAACCAAUGAGCGCAUCAAAGAAUGAGGUCAUACAUAUAUAGUAUUUUUCAUUUGUUUUGGUUUGAUUUAUAUAAUAGCAACGCACUGUUAUGUAUAUAUUGUAACUGAGUUUAUGUGGAAAUAAAACCUAUAAACUAAUAA